AUGAUCAUUUCCGAUUCACAAUCGUUCAGCUUUGUUCGUACGUCAUCUGAGGCAUCUGAGGUGUGUGAUGAAUCAGAAAGUUUUAGAAUACGUGAUAUUGCACAAUUUGGCUUCAAGUAUAUAAAUCGCUUUGUCUGAAGCUGUAUCAACUUAUUCGGGUUUCUUAAUAGUACUGUUAUGCGGUGGUUUCAAGGCGGAAUAGCAGAGGCAGUUGCAGCCUCAAAAACUAGAAAUGCAGUCUUUGUUGUGUUUGUUGAAGGAAAAGAUGAUUUGUCUAAAAGUAUAGCUGCAACAAUAGAUAACACUGCAGUUUCUUCAAAAUUGGAAUCAGAAGAUUUUGUGGUAAUAAGACUGGACAGUGGUUCGGAAGCCUACAGACAGUUUGCUCAGAUUUAUCAUCUGGUACCUGUCCCAUCCUUGUUCUUUAUUGGUGGAAAUGGGGUGCCCCUGGAAGUAGUGGCUGGAGAAGUGAACGAGCCUGAAUUGCUUCGUAGAAUCACUUUAGUUUUGGAAAAAAGUGGGAAAGCUGUGUCACCAGUUUAUGUGGGAGAAGUAACAAAAUUUUGCUUGCUCAUCUGUAAAACAUGUUGCAUCAUUAAACAAAUAAGUUCCUUAAUGUGUAACUUAGAUCAUCUGGUACCUGUCCCAUCCUUGUUCUUUAUUGGUGGAAAUGGGGUGCCCCUGGAAGUAGUGGCUGGAGAAGUGAACGAGCCUGAAUUGCUUCGUAGAAUCACUUUAGUUUUGGAAAAAAGUGGGAAAGCUGUGUCACCAGAAGACAAAGCUGCAGUGGCAGAAACACAGGAAACCAAACAGGACUCUCCAAAAGCCACCCCUCAUGAAACAGGAAGCUUUAUUGUAGGUGCAUCAUCAUCCAAAGAAGAAGCAACAGAAGUUAAAAACAUGAAUGAGGAUCAAAUCCAAGUAGCAGCUAAUGCUGUCACAGGAUUGACUCCAGAAGAAAAGAUAGAACGAGCCAAAGAAUUGAUAGAGAAGAAACGGAAACAGAAAGAGGAAGAAGAAGAACAGACUCAACAGCAGAAGGAAAUUGAGCGUCGUAAAGUGGGGCAGGAAGUUCAGAAACUGCGUAGGUGGCAACAGGAUCAGGAAUUAAAACAACUCAAGGAGGAAAGGCAGAAGGAGAAAGCGGAAGAGGCCGCAGCUAGGGAGCGAAUUCUCAAGCAGAUAGCUCAAGACAGAGCUGAAAGGGCCUUAAGAUCCACUGCAGAACAGGAAGCAGCCAGGAAACAAGCAGAAGGGGAACUCAGGAGACAAUCAGAACAGUGCGCUAGAGAUGUUGCUGCCCACUGUGACAUGGCACGUAUACAGUUUCGCCUCCCAGAUGGAUCUUCACAUUCCCAUAAUUUUGGAGUAACAACCACUCUGGGUGAAGUAAGGUCAUAUGUAGCCACACAACUCAGCUUUCCAUUUAGGGAAUUUAUUAUGUCGACGACCUUUCCUCGUCGUGAGUUCACUGCUGCUGAUGAUUGUCAAACUGUCAGUGAUGCACAUCUGGUGCCAAGUGCUGUGAUUUUAAUUCUGCCGGCUUCCUCAGGCACUGUGGUCACAUCAUCUCGUGGGUACAGUUGGGCCAUCUCACAGAUGGUGUGGUCUCUGCUGACACCGCUCGUUUCCAUAUUGAGCUACUUACGAAACUGGGUGUUUGGUAGUGGAGGCCGCGGAGCUUCAUUGGGUGGCGGCAACAGCAGCAGCAGCAACAAUAGAGGCAGAAACACACAACAGUCGUCACCUCCAAAUCCUGCAUCUACACAGAAUCCUACAGGUGCAAGGCGACGUACACCAACUGCUGAAACAACAGCCAUUCGUCGUGAGGGCAACAUACAUCGUCUUACAAACCGUAAUGACCCAGAUGACGAUGAGAACAACACUUGGAAUGGAAACUCAACUCAGCAGAUGUGAUAUGUUUUCAUGAAACAUAUGCCCCCCCCCCCCACUACAACCCCUUAUCCAUUGUCCUACACUGGCAAUCAAGGCACUUCAUUUCCCAGUCCUGAUAAUAUUUCAGCCUUUUCACUUGCAAAUUUGAAAUAUCAUAUCAAGAUUUAUUUAUGGAUUUUUAAACUGUGUGCAAUGGUUGUAUCUGUAGUAAUUUAAUUUUUACCAAAAAAUUUGGGAUUAAAAAUCUUCACUGAAGAAUCAUCAUUUGCUACAGUUAUUUAAGGUUCUUUCAGGUUUUCUUCUUACAAAAUUAUAUCAUUCAGUGGUCUCCAUUUCUGCCUGCCUUUUGUUUCUAUCUAAUUCCUGUGUAAACAUAACUGGUUUUUGUAAUCCAAAAAACUUUUUGUGUUCACUACGGUUUUGUUCCUUUUUGUUAUUGUUUUAUAACUUAUGAUCUAACUGGCUUAGAGGGACAGUUGGAAUAUUACAUUUCAGACUGUAUAGAGAUAAUGAAGAUAUUAAAAAAUGUUUCCCAGAUUAAUUCAGAUGAAGUUCAGACACUUGCAAAAAAUGGUAAUAUGCAGUUUAUUCAAGAGCUGGUGUCAUGUUUGACCUGCUAUGAAUUUUCAUCCCAUAAACAUAAUGCAAAACUUGAAGUGAAUGAAAUCCAGUAGUAGGUCUGAAGUUUCUAUAUAUUGUCACAUAUCUGGGUUUGUGUGACUAAUAAUAAUGGAUUCUGGAUUUGAUGGUUGGAUUUGUUGACACUUCUUUACAAUUACAAUCAGUUAUAACAGCUCACAAUCAUUGACUGUCUACAACUCACUCCAUUCCUUAUUGGACUAUGAGUGUCUCCUCUUUACUGUAACAAAUGACAAGUCACUGCUCACAUAUUGAACUGACUUCUGAAUUACGGCUCCUGUCUGACAAAUGCUCCCAAUUUAUAACUUUCAUACUGCCCGAAUAUAGCUCACCACCUCAGUUUUGUCGUGGGUAUCUGUGUUUAGCAACUUGCUACCUAGCAACAACUCAUUUGUUGCUAUUCGUUGUAGCGGUGAUGUGAUUUCCGAGCCGUUGCUCAGCAAUGAACGUCUGCUUUGGCUCUACUAUUCCGGCUUUCAGGUGGUGCUUACCAAUCCGUUGCCUAGUAAUGGAUUAUUCCAUCACAGUAUUAAAUUACACUUUUCCACCGUUAGUGUUUAGGAAAUGAAAGAGAAGUUAGUGGCAGUUAAAGAUGCAUUGGAAAGGACCACAUAGAAUUGUUACAGUGUGACAACUCAGAUGUGCUGAUACCAGAUUAUGGUGAUUCAGGGGGAGAAUAUUUGAAUGAGGGAGAAAUGAACUGGGUUUCACCGUGGGUUACAUAAUGUGGAACUUAUGGUGGACAAAGUGGCACUAGGGUAGGUUCUCUAAGUACCUUGGUUUCCUAUCCCAGUUCUCAUUCCACGAGCUGCUCCAUAUUCAUUGUCAUAUCAUCAACACUGUAUAAUCUUAAUACUGACAGCAUCUUUAAGUAACAAACAGCAAACUGCUUACAUCACCAACAGAUCUAUACUCCUGAGAAAUUUGCAAAUUAUGAGUGGAGAGUCCACUUCCACCCCUGCUUUUGGGAAAAGUAUGUUCACUCUAUGCUAAACCACACUUUUCUCUUCUUCUGGCUCUCUCUUUGCAGUUACAUUGCUAUAAAAAUUGACAUUGAGACAGAAGUGGUGUGUUAACAUGUUGAACAAAGUCCUUCAAAGUGGUGACAACUUAUGCUAUGUAUGUAAUAGUGAGCAUAGUAAUUUUGCAGAACAUAAAACCCUUCAGGUUCCAGUGUGAGUCUGCCAGUUCAGCUUACACAAUUAAUCUUGUCACUCACUCAGUAUUUUUGCAGUAUUCUUUACUCAUAAUGGUGUGGUUAGAAACAUGCUGUACUGUUGACUUGCCAGUCUUUUCGCCGAUAGAAUCGGGUGGCAACUCGUCUGAUGUACAUUCUGGUGGAAUCUCAGCUAUAACCUGUGUACUGAGUUUUAUCAUGAUUUGCCAUAGCCAUUCCAAGCAAAUUGAAGAGCGUAGUCAUGAUCAUUCUCUCCCCCCUCCUUGUGAACUCUGCGUCCAUAUUUUCAAAUUGGAAAUCAUAUUAUUAUAUUUAUCAGUGAAGUAGGAAGGUUAUUAAAGUGUUCUCCAUAAAUAAUUAUCCUAUCAUCUGACACUACAUUAGCCCUUCAGUUAUGCAGUUUUGUUGGAUAAUCUGUAAAUUGAAUGCAAUAUAUUUCACAGAUGGUAUUACAGUGGACAACAAGAUUACUGUUGUCUUCAAGCAGAGUUCUUGUAAAGCUCAUAGUCACUCAGAUGGUCAAGAAGUUCCCACUCUUAUGUUACCCAAAGGUUAAUUGCCAUGUUCACAGCAAGAUUCUGACACUGAACUUCCACACAUAUAUAGUGUGGUGAUAAGAGUUGUUCAACCUUACAAAUUCACAUGGCCACCAUAUUGGAAUUGUAGAUGGCAGGAACUUGAAAGUGUAAUGGUAGUGCCUGUAGUGGCCCAGUGUUCAUAGUCAGAUUCUUGAAAAUGAUCAAAUAACAUCUGUAAUAUUGUUACCCCUAAUUGAAGUAGAGGACAAGCAGACACAAACACCAAACUGGUUGGGUUUCUGUACCCACAGAACCCUAAAUAAUACCAGUUCUCACAUGUUUCUGUUAUGUGAAUGCAGAUAUUAAAUAGUGUGGAAGCUAUAAUCCUGGUCCUGCUUCUCAAAGAAUAUCUGUCACAUCACUGUUUGCCUCCAUAGCUUCCACAAGGUACAGUUAAAAUCAAAUUCUACGGUAAAUAUUUAACACAUUUUAAAUGUGUUAGCUUAAAAACUCAGCAGGUCAUGAGUUACAGCAUUGAACAGUAUGGAUUUCCUGUUUCCCUGGGGGUGAGAAUUGUUGAUUUGGGAGCAGUGUAACUGUACAGGUUAUGUUUGCUGUAAUGUUUUGUAUGAAUUCAGAACAGUUGUAUGGGGAGAAACAAGUGACAUCUGAUACAUAAUGAAGAAUAUGUGUACAUAAUUAUUGUAUAAUUACUCAGUUUGAAGCUGUAGAUAUACAUGUAAAAUAAUUUUCAGGUUCCCAAAAGUGCAGAUGUAUGUUUUUCUCCCUUUAAGGAAGUUAAUAUUGAGAGUUUGUUCCGGUUUAUUAUGAUUCUUCUUUACAUAAUUUCUGUCCAACUUGUUCAAUUGACUGAAUAAAAUAAGUAUGCAGUAUAUUGUAUUUGCCAGCAAAUUUGCUUACAAACUUACAUUUAAGCCAUUUAGUACUAUUUCUACCCCUUGUCAGCACCCAUGGUGUCAUCUCAGAAGACUCUUAAUCUUGAAUGUAAUGACGUCCCUAUUUAAUGUUUUAACAUUCUUUGAUUUAAAGUCUUUUAUGAUUUAACACCCAAUUUCAGUGACCCAAAUUAAAAAAUCUGCAUUAAGAAAUAUCCCUAAUUUAAGAUUUUCCAAAAUUUAGCCCCUUAUUCAGACCAACAAUUUAUGUUUGAAAGAUUUUCAGUUUGGUAUAUACUUCAUAAAAUGCAACAGAAAAUUGCCAUUGAGUGUGGAGUAGAAUAUGUGGUAAGAUAAUGGGAUAGCCACUAACUGCUCCAUAUUCAGUAUUCGUCCUAAAGUAAACUGUACACAGUCUCAAUACUGACAACAUGACAAAAUAGCCAUUUUAAAAAAUAUGUCAAUAUGGGCAACAGUAUUUUCUAAACUAACUAACUGCAUAGCUCCAAGUUCUUAGGAAGCCACCAGUUGCUCAGCUAUUCAAAAGUUCCUCAACAUUUGUGGAACAUGAACGUUCAUUACCAUGUUCAUAAGAGUCCACCAUUGGUCCCCAUUCUGAGCCAGGUGAAUGCAGUCCAUGCCACCCCAUCUUAUUUCUCUAAGAUCCAUUCUAAUAUUAUCCUACCUGUGUCUAGGUCUUGCUAAUGGCCUCUUUCCCACCAAAACUCUGUGCAUUCCACCUCGCCCACAUAUGUGCUACAAUCCCAGGCCAUCUCAUCCUAGGCCUGGGUAUUCAGUGUGUCAUGAAACAUAAAAUGCCUCUGAAGAAAAAUUGUUGCUCAGUGUAAUGCAUCCUUCUGUCUCUGCUUAAUGUCUGGUCUGAAAAGAUUCCAUCAAAUUGCCUUGGUAUAUACAGAAUGUGAGGUACUGGGGAUAAAAAGAAAUGAAAUCCAGUGAAUUGUUAUGUUACAUAAAAAGUAUAUCAACCGCAAAAUUUAGGGAAUGGGGUGAUGCCUACUAAGCAGCAGCAGUAGUGUAAUUAACAAGAUAAUUCUGCAAACCAAGACAGUAACUCCAUUUUUGCAUGCAAUCUUGGUAUAAAUAUAAUGUUUGAAACAUUGCACUCUAGGGGAAAUUCUGACACAUCAGUUGUUUUUACAGUUCAAUGUGUGUACCAGUUCUCUAAAAUGACUGUUGAUUGUUUUUUUUUGUACAAAUAUCAACAUUAAACAUGAGGAUGAAAAUAA